UAUUAAAAUCUAAAAAUAUCAACGGACUAUCGUGUUGUAUGAAGGUUGUUGUGAGUUAUUCGGGUGAUACAACGAUUCUAUCGAUUCCUUCAAGCCAUAGCAAAGGUGAUAGGUCAACAUGGUGACCGAGACAGCAGCUCAGUCUGACGGUAAUACGUCAUUUCUCCGAGCAGCUCGAGCUGGUCAUCUUGAAAAAGUUCUUGAGCAUUUACGGUCCAAUAUCGACAUAAAUACAAGCAAUGCGAAUGGAUUAAAUGCUUUACAUUUAGCUUCAAAAGAUGGUCAUGUCAAUGUUGUUUCCGAACUGCUCAAACGUGGUGCUAUCGUUGAUUCUGCUACUAAAAAAGGAAACACUGCUCUUCACAUUGCAUCGUUAGCUGGACAAGAAGAAGUUGUUAAAUUAUUAGUUCAACAUGGAGCUGCUGUUAAUGUCCAAUCACAAAAUGGUUUCACACCAUUAUAUAUGGCAGCUCAAGAAAACCAUGAUUCAGUUGUUAAAUAUUUAUUGGCUAAUGGAGCAAAUCAGAGUCUUGCCACAGAGGAUGGUUUCACACCGCUUGCCGUGGCAAUGCAACAAGGACACGAUAAAGUCGUAGCCGUCCUCUUAGAAAAUGAUACUCGCGGGAAAGUACGUUUGCCAGCUUUGCAUAUUGCUGCUAAAAAGGAUGAUGUUAAAGCAGCAAAAUUAUUAUUAGAAAAUGAACACAAUCCUGAUGUUACAUCAAAAUCUGGUUUCACUCCAUUACACAUUGCCUCCCACUAUGGAAAUGAGGCUAUAGCAAAUUUAUUAAUACAAAAAGGCGCUGAUGUAAAUUAUGCAGCAAAACAUAAUAUAACCCCCUUGCAUGUGGCUGCAAAAUGGGGUAAAACAAAUAUGGUUGCUCUAUUAUUAGAAAAAGGAGCUAAUAUUGAAUCAAAAACACGUGAUGGUCUAACACCGUUACAUUGUGCAGCACGCUCGGGUCAUGAACAAGUCGUGGAUAUGUUGUUAGAGAAAGGAGCACCCAUUAGCUCCAAAACUAAAAAUGGUUUAGCACCAUUACACAUGGCAGCACAAGGUGAACAUGUUGAGGCUGCCAGAAUAUUAUUGUAUCAUCGAGCUCCUGUAGAUGAAGUUACUGUUGAUUAUUUAACCGCACUUCAUGUAGCUGCUCAUUGUGGACAUGUUCGUGUUGCAAAAUUAUUGUUAGAUCGUCAAGCUGAUGCUAAUGCACGUGCACUUAAUGGAUUUACACCUUUACAUAUAGCAUGCAAGAAAAAUAGAAUUAAAGUUGUAGAAUUGCUGCUUAAACAUGGUGCAAGUAUCAGUGCCACAACUGAAAGUGGUUUAACACCUCUUCAUGUUGCCAGUUUUAUGGGUUGUAUGAAUAUCGUUAUUUACUUGCUUCAACAUGAAGCAAAUCCAGAUGUACCAACCAUCCGAGGUGAAACUCCCUUACAUUUAGCUGCCCGAGCAAAUCAGACUGAUAUUAUCAGAAUUUUAUUACGAAAUGGAGCGCAAGUCGAUGCGAGGGCUCGUGAACAACAAACACCAUUACAUAUUGCUUCACGACUGGGUAACGUUGAUAUUGUGAUGUUACUGUUACAACAUGGCGCUCAAGUAGAUGUUACAACAAAAGAUAUGUACACUGCAUUACAUAUUGCUGCAAAAGAAGGACAAGAUGAGGUUGCAUCAGUGUUAUUGGAAAACAAUGCAUCACUCAAUGCAACAACGAAGAAAGGCUUUACACCGUUACAUUUGGCAGCAAAAUAUGGUAAUAUGAAAGUUGCGAAAUUGUUAUUACAACGUGAAGCGGCUGUUGAUGCUCAAGGAAAGAAUGGUGUAACACCAUUACAUGUUGCUAGUCAUUACGAUCAUCAAAAUGUGGCAUUAUUACUGUUAGACAAGGGUGCCUCUCCCCAUGCUACAGCUAAAAAUGGCCACACACCGCUACACAUUGCAGCUAGAAAAAAUCAAAUGGAUAUUGCAACAACUUUACUUGAAUACGGUGCAAAAGCAAAUGCAGAAAGUAAAUCUGGAUUUACACCAUUACAUUUAAGUUCACAAGAAGGUCAUUUAGAUAUGUCGUCAUUGUUAAUUGAACAUAAAGCAGAUACAAAUCAUCAUGCGAAAAAUGGUUUGACACCGAUGCAUUUAUGUGCGCAGGAGGAUCGUGUAAAUGUUGCACAAGUUUUACUUAAGAAUGGAGCACAGGUCGAUGCUCAAACCAAAGCUGGUUACACUCCAUUACAUGUAGCAGCCCAUUUUGGACAAGCGAAUAUGGUACGUUUCCUUUUACAAAAUGGCGCUAACGUAAACACAACCACUGGUAUUGAUUACACGCCACUACAUCAAGCUGCUCAACAAGGACAUACACAUAUUGUUAAUAUUUUAUUAGAAAAUGGUGCAAAUCCAAAUGCUAUCACCAAUAAUGGUCAAACUGCUCAUAAUAUUGCACAAAAAUUGGGAUAUAUAACUGUAAUGGAAACAUUAAAACAAGUAACCGAUCCAACCGCAACUCAAGCUGUUAUUUCUGAAGAAAAAUACAGAGUUGUGGCACCUGAAGCAAUGCACGAAACUUUCAUGUCAGAUUCAGAAGAAGAAGGCGGUGAAAUGGACGCGAUGGUCGGUUUCGGACAGCCGCCCCAUACCCAGCAUGUCUAUCUGCCGUACUACAACGGCUCGACAUUACUUACGCGUGACUAUUCAGGUGAAGAUACAAUGCUCAGUGAUCAACCGUACAGAUACUUAACGGUAGAUGAAAUGAAAUCACUUGGUGAUGAUUCGCUACCUAUUGAUGUAACAAGAGAUGAGUUAAGAAUCGAUUCAAAUCGUAUGGUAGUUAGUGGAGAUCAAAAUAUGCUUCCACCACAAGCAAUGGACGAUGCAAUUAGUCCACAACAUAUAAAUCAAAAUUAUUCUGAAUAUACAGCAAACAAAUACAUGCCUGAUAAUAUUGAUAUUAAACAUCCAAUCAAUAUUGGUAAAUUACAUUGGAAGAACUUCCUCGUUUCGUUUCUGGUUGAUGCACGUGGAGGUGCCAUGCGAGGCUGCCGACAUAGUGGUGUACGUGUAAUUGUACCACCGCGAUGCGCAGGAAUGCCCACGAGAAUUACAUGUAGAUAUGUGAAACCACAACGAACUCCUCAUCCACCUCCGUUAAUGGAAGGCGAAGCAUUAGCAAGCCGUGUCCUAGAACUGGGGCCAGUUGGAGCCAAAUUUUUGGGGCCAGUAAUAAUUGAAGUGCCUCAUUUUGCUGCCUUACGUGGUAAAGAACGUGAAAUUGUUAUACUAAGAUCCGAUAAUGGUGAAACAUGGCGAGAACAUGUAAUAGAAGCUUCAGAAGAUAUUGUCCAAGAUGUUUUAAAUGAAAGUUUCGAAGCUGAAGAUUUAAGUCAACUAGAAGACAUUUCAUCUGGACGUAUUACAAGAAUUUUGACUCAUGAUUUUCCACAAUAUUUUGCUGUAGUAUCACGAAUACGACAAGAAGUGCAUGCUAUUGGACCUGAGGGAGGCAUGGUAUCAAGUUCUGUUGUACCUCAGGUUCAAGCAGUAUUCCCACAAGGAGCCCUCACAAAGAAAAUAAAAGUGGGCUUACAGGCACAACCAAUUGAUCCUGACCUAACCGCGAAAUUACUGGGUCAUGGUGUUGCAGUAUCACCAGUUGUAACUGUUGAACCACGCCGUCGAAAAUUCCACAAAGCAAUAACGUUAAGUAUGCCAGCACCUCGGGCACACACACAAGGAAUGAUCAAUCAAUAUUCUGGUUCAGCACCCACAUUACGACUGCUCUGUUCAAUAACAGGCGGUACAACACGAGCACAGUGGGAAGAUGUUACAGGAUCAACACCCCUUACAUUUGUUAACGAUUGUGUAUCAUUUACAACAACAGUAUCUGCACGAUUCUGGUUAAUGGAUUGUAGAAAUAUUGGUGAUGCAACAAAAAUGGCUACAGAAUUAUACAGAGAAGCAAUUCAUGUACCAUUCAUGGCUAAAUUUGUAGUAUUUGCAAAGAGAGUAGAUACUCUUGAAGCAAGAUUACGAGUAUUUUGUAUGACUGACGAUCGUGAGGAUAAAACGUUAGAGCAUCAGGAGCAUUUUACAGAAGUAGCUAAAAGUAGAGACGUAGAGGUAUUAGAAGGAAAACCACAAUACAUCGAAUUUGCUGGAAAUUUGGUACCUGUUACUAAAUCCGGUGAUCAAUUACAAUUUGCUUUCAGAGCAUUUAGGGAAAAUCGACUACCGUUUACGGUACGAGUAAAAGAUCAACAUGCGGAUACUGUGGGCCGCUGCCUUUUUAUGCGAGAACCGAAGGUCGCUAAAGGUGAACCCCCACAGCAGCCUAUAUGUGUCUUAAAUAUAGUUUUACCUGACAAUAUUGUAGUAGAAUCUUACCCUGUGACUGAAACCGAAAUGCUUAAAAAAUACGGUUUUAUAAAGGAAGGUUUAGAUGUAUAUCCAAGAACUGAAUUAAGACUGUCUGAUAUGAGUAAUCUAUUAGGUGAAGACUGGCCAGCUCUAGCAUCAGAAUUAGGAUUAAGUACCUCACAAAUUAAUGUUAUUAAAUCAGAAUGUCCUGAUAGUUUACCACAACAAGCCCAAAGUAUGUUAAGGUUAUGGAGAGUUCAAUCUGGAAAUAAAGCACAAGGAAAUACAUUAGAAUUAGCAUUAAAACGAAUUGGACGAAGUGAUAUUAUUGCCCAAUGUUUAAAUAUUGAUGUUUUGGACCAAGCUGUAGCACGUGCUGGAAAAGAUCAAGGUGGUUUUGAUAGUUUAAAAGACGAACUUGGACCUUCACGUGAUGCAUCUCUUAGAAGAAAUAUUAGUUUAGAUAAUACGUACGAUGAACAAGACAUUAUGAAAGAUUCAGAAUCAAUAGAAUCUUUAAUACAAGAAAGGAAAGAUUCAUAUGAAAUUGACUCCAGAUUAAGAAACAUUUCUGAAAGAGAUGAAAUGAAAUAUACGGCUGAGGAAAAAGAAGUUCAAGAAGAAGAAUCUGGUGUUGAUGACGCUGAAAUUAAAAAAUCAGUUGCUGAAAGAAGAAUAGAAAUUGAAAAAAGAUUGUCUUCCGAUAGAGAAAUACCACCUUCAUUACAAAAACAUGAAAUUGUUCAAGAAAUUAGUACAAUAAAACGACAAAGUUUAAUCGAUGAUAAAAUCAAAUAUAAUGAAAAUAUUAUCGAAGAACAUGUCAAAGAAAAAGUUCCAGAUAAAGUAAAAGAUAAAGAUUUAGAUACAGAAAAAGUAACAAAAGUAACAACCACUAAAACAAUUGUAACGACGGUUGAUUCAACUAGAAAAUCACCACCGAAAAUAACUGAAAAAACUGUUAAAGAAACAAUUACAGUACAAGGUAAAAAAAUAAUUCCCGACGAUGAUAUUGUUGAUAAUGAAUUAAAAGAAAAAUUAGCUGCACAAAAACAAAAAAUUGAAUUAGAUGAUACAAAACCAAGUGAAACAACUACAACUAUUACAAAAACAACAAUAGUUACGCACAAAGUAUCCGAUGUAGAUGAUACCCGACGAGAUUCAACACUUUUCGAAGACGUCUCUCAUGAACUUGAACGAUUAGACACCACUGCCAAACCGCAACCACCAGCAUCAGAAGAUAUAAAAUCGCCCAAAAUAUCGAAGACACCACCACCGAGUCCUGCCGAAUUCUUACGAGAACAAGCUGUCUCUGAAAACCAAGCAGAAUGGAGUCCAGCAUCGGCAGCUGAAAUUGAAAAACGAUAUGCUGCCACUACGGGUGAAAUCGAUAAGAAAACGCAACCAGAAGGAAAAACGACCUCACCAUUACCUGAAAGUGGUGAGGAUAAGCUUAUUGUUAAUAUUUCUUCUUCGAAUGGUAUUAAAAACGAUCUGUUGCCAUAUAACGUUCAAAAAAGUUCCGAUUUUAUAACUUCAGAAUUACAGCAUAAUUUACAACAAACAGAUAAAACAAAAUUCAAGCAAAAUGGAGAUAACAUAAAAGUUGAUGAAGAUUCUAAAGAAUUAAAUAAAGACGUUAAAGAUGAUGAUAAUAAAAAAGAGAAGCAUAAAAAAGGUAAAGGAUUUUUUGGUACUUUGAAAUCAUUUGCAAGAAAAUCAUUUGAACAUUCUGAUAGUGAAAGUGAAGCAUCGCCAAUAAAACGGUCGAAAGUAAAAAAAUCAGAAGAACCAAGUGAAAAAGAACGGAAAUCCCAUUUGGAAAAUGAAAAAGAUGUUUUAGAUCAAAUAGAUUCAUCGAAAAAUAAAAAUAUUCAGAAACUUGAAAUUAAAUUUGAUAAAAAAGUGAAAGUUGAAAAAACAAAUGGUAUAACCCCUGAUGAAGCUAGAUUUGAAGCAGAAAAAAUAAUCGACAAUGUUAUUUUAGAAGUAGAAGACACUGUAAAUUCAAAACAAUCCAAAUCAAAUGAUUCAGAAAUUGUAGAAAAGAAACAUGUCGGGUUUACACAUUACGUUGACACAAUCGAUGAUGCUUUUGUUAACAAUAUUGAUUACCAAAAGUUAGAUAAAACAAAGGAUAUACCUUCUUUGACCAAUGAAUUCAUCCAAAACGAAGCGCAAUUUCAAGGCUGGAACGAUGAAACUGCCAAAAAGUAUAAACCUACAUUUUCUACUGACGAAUUAGUCGAUAGAAACGAACUGGCAGUAUUAGAAACGGAGAAAAUUGCCGAGAAUGAAACGACUGAUAAUCGUAAACAAGAAGAUACCGAUGACGAUUCUAAACUAACAGACAGUGAAAGUAAAUCUUUCUUUGGUAUAUUUAGUAAAAAGAAAAAAAAAAUUGACAGGGGAUCGAAAGAUAAAUCUGUAGAACGUGAAGAUUCGAGCUCUGAGAGUCCAGUACAUAAAACAAAUAAGAAAAAGAAAAAACAGAAAACUGAAAAACAAACAGAUUAUGAAAAUAGUAAUCAAGUCCUUGCAAACGUAAGUAAACCAUCCCUCGAAAAAGAAACUGGUAAAGGAAUUGAAAACUUAGAAGAUGUUGUAACAGGAACAGAACCAGAAUUAAGUAACCGUGGUGAAGUAAUAUCCGUAGAUGAAACUAACAAUAUAAGUGCUGAAAAAGUCCACAGUAAAAAAGAAAAAAGUGAAAUCAAUUUAGAUGAAUUAAACAUCAAAGAAUCAAAGAAAGGAAUGGCAUUGUCCUCCAUAAAAGAAUUCUUUAUAUCUCCUAAACAGGACGUUGAACAAACAGAUAUUCAAAUUGAAAAACCGGAAAAAAUCGAUUUAAAUAUAAAAGAAGUAAAACAGAUAUCUAUCGACAAUGACUUAGAAGAAAAUGCAGAAAAACAGAUUCAGAAUACAACAGAUCUAUUAGAAGACACAGGUCAAACACUAGAUACAACAGUUAAGGAUGAAACAACAAAAGGUACACUUUCUUCAAUAAAAGAAUUUUUUGGUUCACCCAAAAGUAAACCCAAACAAAAAUACGGCCACAAAAAUAAAAAACAUUCCAAAUCAACAUCGCCCGAAUCAGACACAGAGCAACUACAUACAAAGGGUAAAGAAGUUAACAAAGACAAAUUUACAAAUGACGCUGGUGCUGAUUUAACAUCAGGCAAAUUCAUUUCAACUGAUUUGAACGGUGUUAUACAUGACACAGCCAUUGAAACGAAGAAAAACACCGAUAUUCCAGGCGAUAAAAUUUCUGUAUUAAAAUCGUCUAAACUAGAAUUAAAUGACAAAAUCGAGACAAAUGCGGACAAAGAGGAUGACAUCAAAGAAAAAUCAAAAGGAGCCUUGACCUCAAUCAAACAAUUAUUUGGAUCAGCUAAAGAUGAUUUAAAAAGAAGAUCGAAAGAUUUGGAGGAUGAUCUAGGUUCAGAAAAGAUAGUUGACCCCAAAGACCAAACUAAAGCCACUGAUUAUCUAAAGUUUGAUGUAAAAAAUAAUUUACCUACUCUGACUACUGAAUUCAUUCAAAAUGAAGCCCAAUUUCAAGGGUGGAACGAUGAGACCGCCGAAAAGUACAAACCUGCAUAUUGUCCAGAAGAAUUGAUAGGCGAAAAGGAACAGACACCGAUAGAAUCUGUAGAAAUUACAGAAAAAGAUUCGUCUGAAAAUCGUCAGCAAGAAGAGACAGAUGACGAUUCUAAGUUAACGGAUAGUGAAAGUAAAUCUUUCUUUGGUAUAUUUAGUAAAAAGAAGAAGAAAAAAAUAGACAGAGAAUCAAAAGAAAAAUCAAUUGAGCGCGAAGAUUCGAGCUCCGAGAGCCCAUCACAUAAAAGAACCAAAAAAAAUAAAGCACAAAAAACUAAAAAACAAAUAGAUAUAAAAGGAACAAUUGACGAAACUCUUGACAAUAGUAAAGCUAAUAUAAGCGAUAAAGUCGAGGCCUCGCGAGAUACAAUUAAGGAAGGUAGUGAAAGUAUCAGAGAUAUGUAUGAUGAAACUAAUACAAAAUCUGCCUUAAAAUCAGGUGGUGAUACAUUCCAAGAAACUAGAGAGACUGGUUCAGAAAUGAUAGAUGGCUCCAAGGAGAAAACAAAAGGUGGUUUAUCCUCAAUCACAGGUUUAUUUGAAUCAGCUAAAGAUGACCUUAAAAAGAAGAAGAAAGAUCUAAGUGAUUCAGCUGAAACUUCAGUUGAUGAUACUUUACAAGAUAUAAAAGACACGAGUGCUGAAAAGAUAGAUGACGCAAAAGAAAAAUCGAAAGGAGCUUUAUCGUCAAUAAAGGGAUUCUUUGGGUCAGCUAAAGAUGACCUUAAAAAAAAAGAGGAAGAUCUUGAGGUCUCGACUGAAUCAGCCAUAUCUGAAAUAAAGACGAAAGCAACUAAAAUAAAUGUUUCUGAUAAAGUUACAAUCGAAACUACUACUGACAAGAUCAAACAUGCCAUUAGCGAUAAAGCCGAUGACAUAAAACAUUUUAUAAAUAUUGACGCUCAAAAUACCAAAGACGCAUUAGAUCCUGCUAAGGUAGGCUUACAAAAAAGUGAAAAUGACGUAUUAGAUUCUACAAUGCAUAUAGUAGAUAACAAUACAACUGGUACAAAAUCUGCAUUAAAAUCAGCUGAUGGUGCAUUACAUGAUUACAAAGAUAAAGUAUCAGAAAAAAUAGAUGGGGUCAAAGAUAAAACAAUAGGAGGUUUAUCAUCCAUUAAAGGAUUCAUUGAAUCUGCUAAAGAUGAUCCCAAUAACACUGAUUAUCAAAGGUUUAAUAUAACAAAGAAUAUACCUUCUUUGACUACUGAAUUUAUUCAAAAUGAAUCGCAAUUUCAAGGAUGGAACGAUGAAACCGCAGAAAAGUAUAAGCCUACAUACUGUUUAGAAGAAAUAAUAGAUGAAAAAGAAUCGACUCAGAAUGAAUCUGCAGAAAUUACAGAAAAAGAUUCGUCAGAAAAUCGUAAGCAAGAAGAAACAGAUGACGACUCUAAGUUAACGGACAGUGAAAGUAAAUCUUUCUUUGGUAUAUUUAGUAAAAAGAAGAAAAAACUAGACAGAGAGUCAAAAGAAAAAUCAAUUGAGACCGAAGAUUCGAGCAGCGAGAGCCCAUCACAUAAAAGACAUAAGAAAAAGAAAGCAAAAAAAAUUGAAAAACAUACUGAUAUAAAAGAAACAAUUGACAAAACUCUUGACGCAAGUAAACCUAGUGUAAUAGAUAAAGUCAAUGCCUCGAAAGACAAAAUUAAGGAGGGUAGUGAUAUAAUAAUAGAUACGUGUGAUGAAACUCAAACAAAAUCUCCUUUAAAAUCAGAAGAUGACGUAGACGCCAGAGAUAGUGGUUCAGAAAAACUAGAUGACACCAAGGAGAAAACAAAAGGUGGUUUAUCGUCAAUCAAAGGUUUCUUUGGAUCUGCUAAAGAUGACCUAAAAAAGAAAAAGAAAGAUCUUGAUAACUUUACUGAAACAGCUGUAUCCGAUAUAAAAACAGAAGCUUCUGAAAUGAAGGUUUCCACAAAAGAAACAUUAGAUAGAACUAUCGACAACAGCAAAGAUGUCAUUGGCGACAAAGUCGAUGAUACAACCGCUUUUAUUAAGAGUAGCACAAAAAAUACAACAGACGCAUAUGAUUCUGCUAAAGCAGGGUUACAAAAAGGUGCAAGUGAUGUAUCAGAUUCUGCAAAACAUGUUAUGGAAGACAUUGCAACUGAAACAAAAUCUGCAUUAAAAACAGUCGAUGGUACUUUGCAAGAUGCAAAAGACACAGGUUCUGAAAAAAUAGAUGACGCAAAAGAAAAAUCAAAAGGAGCCUUAUCGUCAAUAAAAGGAUUCUUUGGAUCAGCAAAAGACGACAUCAAAAAGAAAAAGAAAGAUCUAGGUGACUCGGUUGAGUCAACUAUAUCUGACGUAAAAACAGAAGCGUCUGAAUUAAGUGAUUCUGCAAAGGACACACUCGACAGUUCUAUUGACAAAAGUAAAGAUGUUAUUAGCGAUAAAGUCGAAUCCACAAAAGACUUAAUUCACAGUGGCGCUGAAAGUACAAAGGGUGCAUAUGAUUCUGCUAAAUCAAGUUUACAAAAAGGUGCAAGUGAUGUGUCAGAUUCCACAAAACAUGUUAUGGAAGACAUUGCAACUGAAACAAAAUCUGCAUUAAAAACAGUCGAUGGUACUUUGCAAGAUGCAAAAGACACAGGUUCUGAAAAAAUAGAUGACGCAAAAGAAAAAUCAAAAGGAGCAUUAUCGUCAAUAAAAGGAUUCUUUGGAUCAGCAAAAGACGACAUCAAAAAGAAAAAGAAAGAUCUAGGUGACUCGGUUGAGUCAACUAUAUCUGACGUAAAAACAGAAGCGUCUGAAUUAAGUGAUUCUGCAAAGGACACACUCGACAGUUCUAUUGACAAAAGUAAAGAUGUUAUUAGCGAUAAAGUCGAAUCCACAAAAGACUUAAUUCACAGUGGCGCUGAAAGUACAAAGGGUGCAUAUGAUUCUGCUAAAUCAAGUUUACAAAAAGGUGCAAGUGAUGUGUCAGAUUCUGCAAAACAUGUUAUGGACGACAUUACAUCAGAAACAAAAUCUGCGUUAAAAACAGUUGAUGGUACUUUGCAAGAUGCAAAAGACACAGGUUCUGAAAAAAUAGAUGACGCAAAAGAAAAAUCAAAAGGAGCCUUAUCGUCAAUAAAAGGAUUCUUUGGAUCAGCAAAAGACGACAUCAAAAAGAAAAAGAAAGAUCUAGGUGACUCGGUUGAGUCAACUAUAUCUGACGUAAAAACAGAAGCGUCUGAAUUAAGUGAUUCUGCAAAGGACACACUCGACAGUUCUAUUGACAAAAGUAAAGAUGUUAUUAGCGAUAAAGUCGAAUCCACAAAAGACUUAAUUCACAGUGGCGCUGAAAGUACAAAGGGUGCAUAUGAUUCUGCUAAAUCAAGUUUACAAAAAGGUGCAAGUGAUGUAUCAGAUUCCACAAAACACGUUAUGGAAGACAUUGCAACUGAAACAAAAUCUGCAUUAAAAACAGUCGAUGGUACUUUGCAAGAUGCAAAAGACACAGGUUCUGAAAAAAUAGAUGACGCAAAAGAAAAAUCAAAAGGAGCAUUAUCGUCAAUAAAAGGAUUCUUUGGAUCAGCAAAAGACGACAUCAAAAAGAAAAAGAAAGAUCUAGGUGACUCGGUUGAGUCAACUAUAUCUGACGUAAAAACAGAAGCGUCUGAAUUAAGUGAUUCUGCAAAGGACACACUCGACAGUUCUAUUGACAAAAGUAAAGAUGUUAUUAGCGAUAAAGUCGAAUCCACAAAAGACUUAAUUCACAGUGGCGCUGAAAGUACAAAGGGUGCAUAUGAUUCUGCUAAAUCAAGUUUACAAAAAGGUGCAAGUGAUGUAUCAGAUUCCACAAAACACGUUAUGGAAGACAUUGCAACUGAAACAAAAUCUGCAUUAAAAACAGUCGAUGGUACUUUGCAAGAUGCAAAAGACACAGGUUCUGAAAAAAUAGAUGACGCAAAAGAAAAAUCAAAAGGAGCAUUAUCGUCAAUAAAAGGAUUCUUUGGAUCAGCAAAAGACGACAUCAAAAAGAAAAAGAAAGAUCUAGGUGACUCGGUUGAGUCAACUAUAUCUGACGUAAAAACAGAAGCGUCUGAAUUAAGUGAUUCUGCAAAGGACACACUCGACAGUUCUAUUGACAAAAGUAAAGAUGUUAUUAGCGAUAAAGUCGAAUCCACAAAAGACUUAAUUCACAGUGGCGCUGAAAGUACAAAGGGUGCAUAUGAUUCUGUUAAAUCAAGUUUACAAAAAGGUGCAAGUGAUGUAUCAGAUUCCACAAAACAUGUUAUGGAAGACAUUGCAACUGAAACAAAAUCUGCAUUAAAAACAGUCGAUGGUACUUUGCAAGAUGCAAAAGACACAGGUUCUGAAAAAAUAGAUGACGCAAAAGAAAAAUCAAAAGGAGCAUUAUCGUCAAUAAAAGGAUUCUUUGGAUCAGCAAAAGACGACAUCAAAAAGAAAAAGAAAGAUCUAGGUGACUCGGCUGAGUCAACUAUAUCUGACGUAAAAACAGAAGCGUCUGAAUUAAGUGAUUCUGCAAAGGACACACUCGACAGUUCUAUUGACAAAAGUAAAGAUGUUAUUAGCGAUAAAGUCGAAUCCACAAAAGACUUAAUUCACAGUGGCGCUGAAAGUACAAAGGGUGCAUAUGAUUCUGCUAAAUCAAGUUUACAAAAAGGUGCAAGUGAUGUAUCAGAUUCCACAAAACACGUUAUGGAAGACAUUGCAACUGAAACAAAAUCUGCAUUAAAAACAGUCGAUGGUACUUUGCAAGAUGCAAAAGACACAGGUUCUGAAAAAAUAGAUGACGCAAAAGAAAAAUCAAAAGGAGCAUUAUCGUCAAUAAAAGGAUUCUUUGGAUCAGCAAAAGACGACAUCAAAAAGAAAAAGAAAGAUCUAGGUGACUCGGUUGAGUCAACUAUAUCUGACGUAAAAACAGAAGCGUCUGAAUUAAGUGAUUCUGCAAAGGACACACUCGACAGUUCUAUUGACAAAAGUAAAGAUGUUAUUAGCGAUAAAGUCGAAUCCACAAAAGACUUAAUUCACAGUGGCGCUGAAAGUACAAAGGGUGCAUAUGAUUCUGUUAAAUCAAGUUUACAAAAAGGUGCAAGUGAUGUAUCAGAUUCCACAAAACAUGUUAUGGAAGACAUUGCAACUGAAACAAAAUCUGCAUUAAAAACAGUCGAUGGUACUUUGCAAGAUGCAAAAGACACAGGUUCUGAAAAAAUAGAUGACGCAAAAGAAAAAUCAAAAGGAGCAUUAUCGUCAAUAAAAGGAUUCUUUGGAUCAGCAAAAGACGACAUCAAAAAGAAAAAGAAAGAUCUAGGUGACUCGGUUGAGUCAACUAUAUCUGACGUAAAAACAGAAGCGUCUGAAUUAAGUGAUUCUGCAAAGGACACACUCGACAGUUCUAUUGACAAAAGUAAAGAUGUUAUUAGCGAUAAAGUCGAAUCCACAAAAGACUUAAUUCACAGUGGCGCUGAAAGUACAAAGGGUGCAUAUGAUUCUGCUAAAUCAAGUUUACAAAAAGGUGCAAGUGAUGUAUCAGAUUCCACAAAACACGUUAUGGAAGACAUUGCAACUGAAACAAAAUCUGCAUUAAAAACAGUCGAUGGUACUUUGCAAGAUGCAAAGGACACAGGUUCUGAAAAAAUAGAUGACGCAAAAGAAAAAUCAAAAGGAGCCUUAUCGUCAAUAAAAGGAUUCUUUGGAUCAGCAAAAGACGACAUCAAAAAGAAAAAGAAAGAUCUAGGUGACUCGGUUGAGUCAACUAUAUCUGACGUAAAAACAGAAGCGUCUGAAUUAAGUGAUUCUGCAAAGGACACACUCGACAGUUCUAUUGACAAAAGUAAAGAUGUUAUUAGCGAUAAAGUCGAAUCCACAAAAGACUUAAUUCACAGUGGCGCUGAAAGUACAAAGGGUGCAUAUGAUUCUGCUAAAUCAAGUUUACAAAAAGGUGCAAGUGAUGUAUCAGAUUCCACAAAACAUGUUAUGGACGACAUUACAUCAGAAACAAAAUCUGCGUUAAAAACAGUUGAUGGUACUUUGCAAGAUGCAAAAGACACAGGUUCUGAAAAAAUAGAUGACGCAAAAGAAAAAUCAAAAGGAGCCUUAUCGUCAAUAAAAGGAUUCUUUGGAUCAGCAAAAGACGACAUCAAAAAGAAAAAGAAAGAUCUAGGUGACUCGGUUGAGUCAACUAUAUCUGACGUAAAAACAGAAGCGUCUGAAUUAAGUGAUUCUGCAAAGGACACACUCGACAGUUCUAUUGACAAAAGUAAAGAUGUUAUUAGCGAUAAAGUCGAAUCCACAAAAGACUUAAUUCACAGUGGCGCUGAAAGUACAAAGGGUGCAUAUGAUUCUGUUAAAUCAAGUUUACAAAAAGGUGCAAGUGAUGUAUCAGAUUCCACAAAACAUGUUAUGGAAGACAUUGCAACUGAAACAAAAUCUGCAUUAAAAACAGUCGAUGGUACUUUGCAAGAUGCAAAAGACACAGGUUCUGAAAAAAUAGAUGACGCAAAAGAAAAAUCAAAAGGAGCAUUAUCGUCAAUAAAAGGAUUCUUUGGAUCAGCAAAAGACGACAUCAAAAAGAAAAAGAAAGAUCUAGGUGACUCGGUUGAGUCAACUAUAUCUGACGUAAAAACAGAAGCGUCUGAAUUAAGUGAUUCUGCAAAGGACACACUCGACAGUUCUAUUGACAAAAGUAAAGAUGUUAUUAGCGAUAAAGUCGAAUCCACAAAAGACUUAAUUCACAGUGGCGCUGAAAGUACAAAGGGUGCAUAUGAUUCUGUUAAAUCAAGUUUACAAAAAGGUGCAAGUGAUGUAUCAGAUUCCACAAAACACGUUAUGGAAGACAUUGCAACUGAAACAAAAUCUGCAUUAAAAACAGUCGAUGGUACUUUGCAAGAUGCAAAAGACACAGGUUCUGAAAAAAUAGAUGACGCAAAAGAAAAAUCAAAAGGAGCAUUAUCGUCAAUAAAAGGAUUCUUUGGAUCAGCAAAAGACGACAUCAAAAAGAAAAAGAAAGAUCUAGGUGACUCGGUUGAGUCAACUAUAUCUGACGUAAAAACAGAUGCGUCUGAAUUAAGUGAUUCUGCAAAGGACACACUCGACAGUUCUAUUGACAAAAGUAAAGAUGUUAUUAGCGAUAAAGUCGAAUCCACAAAAGACUUAAUUCACAGUGGCGCUGAAAGUACAAAGGGUGCAUAUGAUUCUGUUAAAUCAAGUUUACAAAAAGGUGCAAGUGAUGUAUCAGAUUCCAAAAAACAUGUUAUGGAAGACAUUGCAACUGAAACAAAAUCUGCAUUAAAAACAGUCGAUGGUACUUUGCAAGAUGCAAAAGACACAGGUUCUGAAAAAAUAGAUGACGCAAAAGAAAAAUCAAAAGGAGCAUUAUCGUCAAUAAAAGGAUUCUUUGGAUCAGCAAAAGACGACAUCAAAAAGAAAAAGAAAGAUCUAGGUGACUCGGUUGAGUCAACUAUAUCUGACGUAAAAACAGAAGCGUCUGAAUUAAGUGAUUCUGCAAAGGACACACUCGACAGUUCUAUUGACAAAAGUAAACAUGUUAUUAGCGAUAAAGUCGAAUCCACAAAAGACUUAAUUCACAUUGGCGCUGAAAGUACAAAGGGUGCAUAUGAUUCUGCUAAAUCAAGUUUACAAAAAGGUGCAAGUGAUGUAUCAGAUUCCACAAAACAUGUUAUGGAAGACAUUGCAACUGAAACAAAAUCUGCAUUAAAAACAGUCGAUGGUACUUUGCAAGAUGCAAAAGACACAGGUUCUGAAAAAAUAGAUGACGCAAAAGAAAAAUCAAAAGGAGCAUUAUCGUCAAUAAAAGGAUUCUUUGGAUCAGCAAAAGACGACAUCAAAAAGAAAAAGAAAGAUCUAGGUGACUCGGUUGAGUCAACUAUAUCUGACGUAAAAACAGAAGCGUCUGAAUUAAGUGAUUCUGCAAAGGACACAAUCGACAGUUCUAUUGACAAAAGUAAAGAUGUUAUUAGCGAUAAAGACGAAUCCACAAAAGACUUAAUUCACAGUGGCGCUGAAAGUACAAAGGGUGCAUAUGAUUCUGCUAAAUCAAGUUUACAAAAAGGUGCAAGUGAUGUAUCAGAUUCCACAAAACAUGUUAUGGACGACAUUACAUCAGAAACAAAAUCUGCGUUAAAAACAGUUGAUGGUACUUUGCAAGAUGCAAAAGACACAGGUUCUGAAAAAAUAGAUGACGCAAAAGAAAAAUCAAAAGGAGCCUUAUCGUCAAUAAAAGGAUUCUUUGGAUCAGCAAAAGACGACAUCAAAAAGAAAAAGAAAGAUCUAGGUGACUCGGUUGAGUCAACUAUAUCUGACGUAAAAACAGAAGCGUCUGAAUUAAGUGAUUCUGCAAAGGACACACUCGACAGUUCUAUUGACAAAAGUAAAGAUGUUAUUAGCGAUAAAGUCGAAUCCACAAAAGACUUAAUUCACAGUGGCGCUGAAAGUACAAAGGGUGCAUAUGAUUCUGCUAAAUCAAGUUUACAAAAAGGUGCAAGUGAUGUAUCAGAUUCUGCAAAACAUGUUAUGGACGACAUUACAUCAGAAACAAAAUCUGCGUUAAAAACAGUUGAUGGUACUUUGCAAGAUGCAAAAGACACAGGUUCUGAAAAAAUAGAUGACGCAAAAGAAAAAUCAAAAGGAGCAUUAUCGUCAAUAAAAGGAUUCUUUGGAUCAGCAAAAGACGACAUCAAAAAGAAAAAGAAAGAUCUAGGUGACUCGGUUGAGUCAACUAUAUCUGACGUAAAAACAGAAGCGUCUGAAUUAAGUGUUUCUGCAAAAGACACACACGACAGUACUAUUGACAAAAGCAAAGAUGUUAUUAGCGAUAAGGUCGAUUCUACAAAAGAUUUAAUUCACAGUGGCGCUGAAAGUACAAAAGGUGCAUAUGAUUCUGCUAAAUCGGGCUUACAAACCGGUGCAAGUGAUGUAUCAGAUACCACAAAACAUGUUAUGGAAGACAUUGCAACUGAAACAAAAUCUGCAUUAAAAACAGUUGAUGGUGCUUUACAAGAUGUAAAAGACACAGGCUCUGAAAAAAUAGAUGACACAAAAGAAAAAUCAAAAGGAGCCUUAUCGUCAAUAAAAGGAUUCUUUGGAUCAGCAAAUGACGACAUCAAAAAGAAAAAGAAAGAUCUAGGUGACUCGGUUGAGUCAACUAUAUCUGACGUAAAAACAGAAGCGUCUGAAUUAAGUGUUUCUGCAAAAGACACACUCGACAGUACUAUUGACAAAAGCAAAGAUGUAAUGAGCGAUAAGGUCGAUUCUACAAAAGAUUUAAUUCACAGUGGCGCUGAAAGUACAAAAGGUGCAUAUGAUUCUGCUAAAUCGGGCUUACAAACCGGUGCAAGUGAUGUAUCAGAUUCUGCAAAACAUGUUAUGGACGACAUUACAUCAGAAACAAAAUCUGCGUUAAAAACAGUUGAUGGUGCUUUGCAAGAUGUAAAAGACACAGGUUCUGAAAAGAUAGAUGAAGCAAAAGAAAAAUCAAAAGGCGCUUUAUCGUCAAUAAAAGGAUUCUUUGGAUCAGCAAAAGACGACAUCAAAAAGAAAAAGAAAGAUAUAGGUGACUCAGUUGAGUCCGCUGUAUCUGACGUAAAAACUAAAACGUCUGAACUAAGUGUUUCUGCAAAAGACACACUCGACAGUACUAUUGAGAAAAGUAAAGAUGUUAUUAGCGAUAAGGUCGAUUCUUCAAAAGAUUUAAUUCACAGUGGCGCUGAAAGUAAAAAAGGUGCAUAUGAUUCUGCAAAAUUGGGCUUACAAACCGGUGCAAGUGAUGUAUCAGAUUCUGCAAAAAAUGUUAUGGACGACAUUACAUCAGAAACAAAAUCUGCGUUAAAAACAGUUGAUGGUGCUUUGCAAGAUGUAAAAGACACAGGUUCUGAAAAGAUAGAUGAAGCAAAAGAAAAAUCAAAAGGCGCUUUAUCGUCAAUAAAAGGAUUCUUUGGAUCAGCAAAAGACGACAUCAAAAAGAAAAAGAAAGAUAUAGGUGACUCGGUUGAGUCCGCUGUAUCUGACGUAAAAACUAAAACGUCUGAACUAAGUGUUUCUGCAAAAGACACGCUCGACAGUACUAUUGAGAAAAGUAAAGAUGUUAUUAGCGAUAAGAUCGAUUCCACAAAAGAUUUCGUAAAGAGUGGCGCUGCUAGUACAAAAGGUGCAUAUGAUUCUGCUAAAUCAGGUUUACAAACAGGUGCAAGUGAUGUAUCAGAUACUACAAAACAUGUUAUGGAAGACAUUGCAACUGAAACAAAAUCUGCGUUAAAAACAGUUGAUGGUGCUUUACAAGAUGUAAAAGACACAGGUUCUGAAAAAAUAGAUGACGCAAAAGAAAAAUCAAAAGGAGCAUUAUCGUCAAUAAAAGGAUUCUUUGGAUCAGCAAAAGACGACAUCAAAAAGAAAAAGAAAGAUCUAGGUGACUCGGUUGAAUCAACUAUAUCUGACGUAAAAACAGAAGCGUCUGAAUUAAGUGUUUCUGCAAAAGACACACUCGACAGUACUAUUGACAAAAGUAAAGAUGUUACUAUCGAUAAGGUCGAUGCCACAAAAGAUUUAAUUCACAGUGGUGCUGAAAAUACAAAAGACGCAUAUGAUUCUGCUAAAUCAGGAUUACAAACAGGUGCAAGUGAUGUAUCAGAUACCACAAAACAAGUUAUGGAAGACGUUGCUUCUGAAACAAAACCUGCCUUUAAAUCAGUUGAUGGUGCUUUGCAAGACGCAAAGGGUACAGGCUCUGACAAAAUAGAUGACGCAAUAGAAAAAUCAAAAGGAACAUUCUCGUCAAUCAAAGGAUUCUUGGGAUCAGCGAAAGAUGACCUCGAAGAGAAAAGGAAAGAACUUGGGGACUCAACUGAAUCAUCUGUAUUUGAAAUAAAAGCGGGUGCUUGUGAAGUAAGUGCCUCUGCAAAAGACACACUCAACAAUUCGUUUGACAAAAGUAAAGAUGUCAUUAGCAAAACGGUCGAUUCCACGAAAGAUUUAAUUCAGAGUGCCGUGGAAAGUACAAAAGAUGUAUAUGAUUCUGCCAAAUCAGGAUUACAAACGGGUACAAGUGAAGUAUUAGAUUCCUCAAAGCAUGUUAAGGUAGACGUUGCAAGUGUCACAAAAUCUGCGUUAAAAGCAGUUGAUGAUGCUUUACCUUAUACAGGUCCUGAAAAGAUAGAUGAUUCCAAAGAAAAAGGUUCAAUUAAAAAUAUUGAUGUCUCUUAUUCUGUUGCAUACCAAACUCUAGAGAAAAUCGGUGGCCCUUCUCGACCUGCUGAUUCUACUUCAACAGUUUAUGACGAUAGUAUUUCUGUAACAACUUAUCCUUCCGAAUACAUUUUCGAACAAAUUUACGAUAAUGAACAACUUCAUCCUGAAAAAUGUAAUUUAAUAACAGAUUUAGAUGAGGUUAUACCUUCUGACGAUGAUGAUAUUCAAAAAGAAUUCUCCGAUGUAGAUAGGCUUUUGACAUCAAUAGAUGCUCAAAUUGCUCAACUGCCUGCCACUUCAAAACAUUCUCCCAGUUACCAGUCACAUGAUAUCAGUUCAUUUAAUAUAGAAACUAUGCCUAACUUAUCAACUAAAAGUACAUCAUAUUCUGAAAAAAUAUCGAAGUCUAGUGUUUUAGAUAAUAAUGCUAAAACACAUCAGACUUCUUUAGAACAAAGUCAAGAAGUUCCUGGCAAUAUUCAAGAUUCUAGCUUAAGGCUAGAUGCUCAAUCGAAUAUAAAAGACGUUACGAACAUGAUAUCUUCACAAAACAUUGAUUUAUCACAUUUACAAUUGGAAUCAGAUUUUGAGAGUUUCCGCAGUGCUUCUAAAAAACAUCCAGUAACUUUCACUCGACUAGGAGAUAAUGUUAUUAUCGAUGAUACUGAAUACGACAUGGAUAGCCAUGAUCAAGGUACCAAAAAAAAACCUUUAUUCCAUAUCGAAUCUGAAGAGAGAGAUGAGGAUGACUUUACACGUGGCAGUACAAUUCAAUUAACAGAAUCAACUUCAAAAGACUGUAAACAAGUAUCAGAUACCACAGAGUUUAAAAUAUCUGAUAUUAAAGAUAAAAAUUUAGAAAUCGAAUUAUCAGCAGAUGAGACUUUUAACGUAAAUAAAAAAAAAGAACAAAAGUUGCGACGAAUCGAACGUAGAUUUGAACGUAUGGCAUCAGAAACAUUAGAAAAAGACAAAAGUGAAGCGAAAAUAGAAACACCUGAAUUGGAAAAAAAACACGAAGUAGAAUUUCAAACUAUAGUUCAUCAAAUGAGUAUGGAAGAAAUUUCUGACUGCCAGAGGGAGUAUAGUGCAUUAUGGGACGAAGGUACAUUUAGUCCAAGCGACGAAAUGGAAUCAAAAACGCCUGAUAGUACAGCUGAAAUUCAAGAAAUACCCCAAGGCUGCAGUGAUAUCGUAUAUAUGGCACCAGUAACUUUUAAUAAAGAUCAAAAAGUAAGCAAAGCAGGAAUUGAAAUUGAUAUCAUACCUAUUAAAAAAAGUCCAUAUUCAUCACCAACAUUUCAAAGAAAAAGUCAUCGACCAAAAUCACAAAAUGAUAAUCGAUUACCAGAUAGUACGUAUCAUGAUACAACGACAUCCAGUGCAACAAAUCUUCGGGCUAGUCUACCAGAUAUAUAUAAUACAAAAUCUAGACAAAUAUCACCUGCCAGAAGUGCAGUGUAUUUACCAACUCAAAAAUUAGUUUCAACGUUCUUAAAUGCAAAUAAAUUGAGGGGUGAUAACGAAACAAUGAGCCAAAGUACUGAGUGUUUAAUUAAUGACAAUACAAGCAUGAUAACAGAUAUGGUUAGUAGCACAGAUUCCUUAAAUAAAGGUGUUGUCAUGAGUGCUGUUUUAAGUUGGCUAAGUCAAUCCAGUGUAUUUGAUAUCCAAGAUAAUGAUUCCAUAGAUAAUGAUGAUUUAACAAAUUCUUGGCAAGAAAUUGAUGACGAGCCAUUAAAAUCUUCUAGUGCCAAUUUAGAUAGCCAUGUCUUAAAAAAUAAUGGAACAAUUCAAUCAACGAGAGAACCUUGCACGCUAAAUGAGAGUCCAUUAGGAGGUACUGAAACUGAACAACUAGAACAAGAUGAAGCUGCAGGUGUUGAAGAAACGGAGGAGCUUAAAGAUGAAGCCGAAUCACAGACGACAUCAACAAGACCGAAACCAGCGGGAAGUCAACAUGACUUGUCGGAAGAAAUGAAAGCUCUACUUGCAGAAAUGGAAGAACAGAGUAAACGCUAAAUUUUGUAUUGAAAUUUCAUUUUUGAUAUGACACUCUUAUUAAAAAAUUCCAUUCAGAAAACAUAUCUAGGAAAAUUUAUAAAUUUAGGACAUAGGUAUAUAACGAUUGUAUAAAAACAGUAAAAAAAAAUAAUAAAAUUGUAAUUCUUGUGUCAGAUCGAAGUUGAAUAAUACAACUACUUUACCUACUCAAGAUUUUAGUAAAUUUUAUGACCAAAGAAAAAAAUUUUAAAAAAUA